AUUGCUUAGCCAUGAGUGAAAGAUGUCAAACUAAGUUUAUUCAAAAUUUUGAAAAUCCUAAUUCUAUUAUUUAUUUUGGAGUUUUGUCUGUGUCACUUACCGUUUUAUAUUUCUAUUACAGAUUUCACUUCUUUGCUUUAUCUUUGAGCUAUGUGUUGGGAUGUGUGGCUUGUUAUUAUGGGUUGAAGUCGAAUAUUUUGCACAAAUACGUGCAACAACUGAAGUGCCAUUUUGUCAGUGAAUUAGUAGAUGAUAAUGCAGGUGUUACUUCAGAUAAAGGAUGUGUAACAUGUGGAUCCAAAGAUUGUGCUAGGCAUAACCCUGACAUUCCAAUAGAGCCUUGGGUGGGUUUACAAAUACACAAACAAUUAGACCAGGCAAUAGAAGAUUUUUAUAAUACAAUUUUGGAGCAGUUUAUAAACUCAUGGUACAGCAAGAUCACCUUGCAGCCAUAUUUUGUUGACGAACUGCGUUAUCAGCUUCGGUACGCAUCCGCCUGCCUUUUGAGACGAGCUGUCAAGGUUUGUAUAGGCUGUUAGGCGUCGAUUUUAAUUCGGACGAGUAGUAUAUUAAACAGCGGCGGUGUUUGCAGAUAGAUUUCUCUCGGUUGUUGACGUCUCGUCUCGUACCUUGCGCGUUACGUCACUACUGCGAGUGCGGGGCGGCGCGCGUGCGCCCGCAUGCGGCCGCCUGCAGCAGGAGCGCGGAGAUCAAGUACCUCCGCUGCGUCACCGACGCUAUCAUGCCAUAUCUCCUCGCUCACACGGAAGUUCAGAACUCGU